GAGAAGGGCAGAGCGAUGGCGCCGGUGCUGCUGCUGGUGGUGCUGCUGGCGUCGGCGCUGCCGGCCGCCGCCGCCUACCUGUGCUGCGUGCGGCGGCACACGGGCCGGGCGGGGGCACGGAGCCGCAGCCCCCCGCGGGACCCCUGGGCCCCGCGGCUGUGCGGCUCCGGGCUGCGCCUCUUCGUCCAUGUGGCCAACACGGCUUUUGGACAGAUCUUUUUACUGCCGCUCUUAAUAAGGCUGAACAACUUCUCACUCAUGCGUUUGCUUGACAUUCACGAAGAUCCCACAUUUAUCCCGGAGGUUGCUGCAGAGGUUAUGGAAGACAAGUCUGAGGCAAAAAGCACUUCGGAGAUUAUUGAGCAGUUGAUAGAUGCAAGGUCUGUUUCUACUAGCAAUGGGUUUAGCUUCAAAGGGAUCAAGGACUACCUGGACUGCUACCGGAGUGGGAAGCUGACACCAUCUCAGGUGGCAAAGAACAUCAUUGCUAUGCUGGAGGACUGUGACAAAUCCACGCCCCCACUCAGAGCGAUAGUGCAGUGGGACCAGGAGCAAAUCAUGCUGAUGGCUGAGGCCUCUACUGCUCGUUACAGGAAUAAAUGUACCCUGUCUUAUCUGGAUGGCAUCCCAGUGUGUCUGAAAGAAGAGUUCAAAGUGGUACCUUACCAUCACCGAGUGGGAACAGUGUAUCUUGGGACAGAACCCGAAACAGAAGAUGCUACUGUGGCCAAGAAGCUGCGAGAAGCUGGGGCUAUCAUUAUUGGGGUCUCAAACAUGCAUGAACUAGGGACUGGAACAACUGGAUGCAACCCUAAUAGGUUCCACAAGAUUCCUAGGAACCCCUACAAGCCUAACCACUUCACAGGUGGGAGCUCCAGUGGGUCAGCAGCAGCUGUAGCAGCAGGUCUCUGCCCAGUGGCUAUUGGCACAGAUGGAGGUGGCUCUGUGAGGAUUCCUGCUUCAUUUUGUGGUGUGGUGGGGCUCAAAGGUACGUUUGGGCGCAUCAGUUGUCACGGCUGCUUGCCACUCUCCUACUCCACAGUCAGUGUAGGCCCAAUCUGUACCUCAGUGGCAGAUGCAGCCAUUGUUUACAGUAUCCUUGCUGAGCCAGAUCCGCUCUAUCCAUAUAGUCUAAAACAGCCCAAAGCAACCCUAUCUGAUAUGUGUGCUCCUGACCUGAAAGGCUUAAAACUGGGAGUGGACUGGACAUUUUUUAAGGCAUGUGAUGCUGAAGUCCUGUCCAUCUGUGAGAAAGCUGUGGAAUACCUGCAGAGUCUGGGAGCCAGUGUGGUUGAAGUGUCUCUUCCAGAGAUGGAGGAAGUUCGAGUAGCACAUGUAAUCUGCAUUCUCAGUGAGAUGAGGGACUUCCUACAACCUGACUUCAAUAAACAUUUCGAGGAAAUGAAUUUGGACACUCGGGCUAACCUUGCCCUGGCUUCUCAGUUUACAGCUCUGGAUUAUAUUACGGCAAAUCGACAGAGAACUCGGAGUAUGAGAUUUUUGCGAGAGAUCUUCACCACUGUCAACUGUAUCCUUACACCAGGUGUUGCCUCGACUGCACCAAGAAUCUAUGAAUCUGACCUCUCGGCAGGGAGCAGUGAUAUGUCCUCUACAGUCCGGUCCAUGAGGUACAUGCAGCUUGGUAACUUCACUGGGAUUCCAGGCCUUGUGAUCCCCAUUGGAUAUUCUACUGCUGGGCUUCCCAUCAGCUUCCAGGUCAUGGCAAAGUGGUGGGAUGAAGCUGUUCUUCUGAGGAUUGGCCUGAAGCUAGAGCAGUUCCGCUCCCAGACCAAAAAACCAUCCAUUUAUUACGACAUCCUUGCAUGAUGGAGUGACCAAGAUGGGGAAUAAGCCUUUUUUUUUUUUCUAGUCUGACCUGACCAAGUAUUAGAGUGGACUUGUUUUCAAUGUUCAUCUGAAUAAGGCUUAGUAGGAGGCCUGUUUGAAGAAUGGGAAGGAAUGCUGAUCCAAGCAGGCACUGAUGCUGAGCAGACCAUUUCUGUUCCCUGUUUGUUAUUGGAUGGUCCACUGUAUACUGGGGAUGACCAACUCUGCUAGCUAGCUCCUCACCAUGUUUUUGGCAACAGGGGAAGCUGCAACUAUCUUCUGGAACUUCUUUCCAUGUAGGGGCCUUGUGUAAAGAUGGAAGACAAUUGCAUCUACAGGAGUGCAUGCAGGCAGCUGGUACUACUGUGCAUGGAGAGGUACAAUCUCUAGCCCUUAUAAACCUUCUCACAGAACUCCUUCUGCUCCAGAAUAUAAAAAAGGUACUGUUUUGAGGGGGACAGGCAGCAAAUAAUACCUAGCUGUCUGGGAAUGAGGAUCUUAACACACAUGCAAUUAAGUAGUGUGUGUUUUCGUCCCUACGAUGGUCUCUCAGAGCAAAGUAGAAAGCCCAUAGCUAUGUAAGUGUCACUGUGCUUCUGUCCCUUAUACUGCAAACAGUGUAAGGUCAGUCUAACUGUUGCACAAAGUAUGGGUCUGCUUAUGGCAUGAGCAGUCCUGCCUACCUUCAGCCUACAGGAAAUGGGAGGAAAAAGCAGAGCAUGAAUCCUCAACAAGUCUGUGACCCAAAGCCUUGGUUCAGGGUUCUGGCUUUCUGUUGCACAUGUUUCCCAAGCUAAGCCUUGGAGAAUCUCUUUUCUCCCCCUCAUUGUUUAAAUAUAAGCCUAGAAUCAUUUAGGUGUCCAAAGGAAGAAACUGCUGGGUAGUGCUGUGGAAUACUGUUUAAGGGGGUGCUGAGCCAGCUAUUAGAAACAGGUGAAAUUUCCAGAAAAUCCUGAAUACUGCAAGAAUUGAAGCUGGGUGCAAGUGAGGUGUUGCACAAAGCCAUGUGCAGCAAGGAGCCUCCUCUAGAUGAGAAGCCAACCCCUUCUUAUCCCAAAUCUACUUCCUGAAGUAAUCAAGGUAGAAUUAAGACAUGGAUUAAAGAUGAGGCUAUACUACACAGAGCAUGACAGGUCUCUGAGCUACAUUAACUGUGCUUCACUGAAAGGCCCCGGACUGUACACUCCCAAGUACCCGUGUCCUGCCAGCAGCACUAGGGCACAGUAAAAGAUAUGAAAAGAGCUAGGAGUAACCAAACACAAAACCAUUGGUGUUUGUUUUGGAUAACGCUGAGAGGUAUUUCCUUUUGCCUACCACAUUAGCUAUCCUGGGCUUUUGAUCAGGCCACUGGAGAAGCUGUCCUACAGCCAGGAGCAGAGAUCACUGCAGUCUUAGCUUGGAAGGAAAGAGGAACAGAAGGUGAUUGCAGUUUCUCCCAAACUCUGUAAAGUUUGGGUUUCUUUUCCCCAAUAUAUAUAUAUCCACUCUUUAACCAGAGCUAGCACAUUACUAAUGGCUAAAGUCAGAUGGCAUUUGAAUGGAAGAACAUUGCAUUGCCUUCUUAAUUACCUGAGUUAAAGCAUCAACUCCUACCAUCAGCUGUCACCAGCAUCCACAGUUGAAUUAAUUAUAUGGUUGAUACUGUCUUUUAUCUUCAA